UUCAAAAUGGUGGCCGGGCGGCGUUGUUGGCGGCUUUGGUGAAAUUCACUGGUGAAAUUCCAGACGUGCAAAUUUGAGACAUGCGAAAUUGCGAGUGAUGCAUGCAUGGGUUAAAGAAGAAUGUUAUUCAUGUUUGCACAUAUGCUUUUCCAGGUCGUGAUAUUUCUGAAGAAUUCAAUGACUAGAUAAAAAUGAAAAAUUCUGGAAAAGUGGUUGUGAACAAAUUCCCUCGAGAGAUCGUUUCAGGCAGUUGUAGUGGAUCUAAAUCAAGGUCUGUUUUGAAUGCAGUGGCUUUGCAGGAUCAUUUGGUCAGGUCUCUUUCUCUUCAAGAUCCAAUCAAAAUAAGAAAUGAACAUGUAUCAAAAAGCAAUACAAAAAAGAAGGCAAAUUCAGGAAGAAAAACUAAGACACACAUGGAUGGUAAUAGGGAAUAUGUUCUUGAUGCAAAACCGAAAGCAUUAACAUUAGCUCAAAGGCUUGGGCUGGUUGAUGCACCCUCUGAGCCACUAAAUGACAAGGAAUGGCAAGUUGUCAAAAAUAAAUCAAAUCAAAGGAAUGAUUCCAAUCAACCAUGUGUUAUUUGUAAAGAAGAAUUUGGAACACAGCAUCAGGUAUUGUUAUCAUGUUCCCACGUUUUUCAUCGGGUCUGCCUUGAAGCAUUUGAGAAAUUUUCUGGUGGAAAAACCUGUCCAUUGUGUCGAAAAGAACAGUACGAAACACGAGUUAUACAUGAGGGACGGAAGAUGUGGCAACAUAAAUGUGCUAUAAAAAUCCAAGCAGCGUGGCGCGGUUACGUUGUAAGGUCCUGGUAUCUAAAGCUCAGAGAAACAGUUCCCCCAAAUAAUCCAAGGUUAAGGAGAAAGUUUUAUGAAGAGAAGCUUCGUUCUAUCACAGACCGAUUUGUUACUUCAAUGUCAAAUGCCGAUGUUGACUCGUUUCUUGCGCAAAUUGACGAGUCGGUGGAAGAGAGUCGACGAGUGAUGAGAUUUGUGGGAGAAGAUAGUUUCAAAACAAUGUCCGACGCGGAUUGGGAAUCUGUUUAUGAACAGGCAAAAGAUCGACUUUCAUCUGAUUGUCCAAUAUGUUUUACAAUAUUAUGUUCUGGCAUAACUGCGCCUGAGCUCCUGUCACGACCUGAUGUUCGUCCAGUUGUGUUAUUGUCGUGUUCUCAUGUUUUUCACAAGAAUUGUGUCGAUUCUUUUGAACAACUUUCACUGAAUUCAUCGCCCAUCUGUCCUGUGUGUCGAUCACCAUAUUAUAAGAAAGAUAUAUAAGUUUUGAUCGGUGCGACUUCUCCGUUCAAAGGCUGCAGCGAUAAUAUGUCAUUUUUGCAAGUGAAAACAUGCAGUGUUAAAAGGGUUGCGAUGCGUUUUUUAUUCAUAUAUAAUGUCAAUGAUUUAAAAAUCCUUCUAAUAUUUUUUCCCAUCGAUUUUUCGCUUGCUCCUUUCUUUUGGCCCCGCAGUUAGUCGCCUGAAACAAAAGCAAUCGAAUCUUUAGUAUUUCGUGAAGUGCAAUAUAUUCCAAUCCAAGGACGAUGGAGCCUGUUUAAAAGUGGAUGAAACAAUUCCUCAGUACAAGUCAUAGCACAGACUCGCGGUCCAUUGCACAGACUAGUUCAAGUUAGCAUUCCUUUUGGAUACGGACUGGAGUACGAUAACACUGCCCUUAGAUGAAGUUAUACAAGUAUUUUAAUCGGCAUUUUACAAACCAAUGUUUUGAAACAGGUGUAUCGCCUGCUUGGCUUGCAGUAUUGGUUGUCAUAGUGACCUAAAAACUUUCCGAAUUCAUACAAUGCAUGGAUGAAAUAUUGCUUAGUCUAUAAAAACACUGUCAAAAACAAGAAGUUGAACUGCAAGAUGUCAUUGUAUGCAACAGGGUACAGGUACGAGGUGAUGAAAUCACAACCAGUAACGAGAACGUUUUCUGACAAUCGAGACGCACAACAGCAUGAAUGGAGCGUAAAGACCGCCAGUGAUCACGCGAUCAGAGAAAGAGAGAAAUGGAAUGAACGACUUGACGAGGUUUGGUGGAGGAAAAGAGUUAAUAGAGACAACAAAAUAAAACAACAAGAAAUGACGUUGGCGAACCAGGAACUUUGUUUGGUGCGUCAAGAGAAAAUGAGACAGUUAUAUAGAAGUGAAUAUUUGGAGUAUGAGAAAGAGCUCAGUGAACGACAUCAAAAAACAUUUUAUAAGAAACGGAUGUAAAAAAUAUA